GUCGAUAGCGCGCAUGCUCCAUAAUAGGUCUCCUUCAUUGUGCCCUGUGCCCGUUAUAGGCGUUUCUAAGCUAGGCUAGCUGUCAAUCCACUCCGCCGCAUCACGUCAGGGACGCUCCAGGCUUUGCAGACUCCUCUUGCAAAUACCUUUGCUUGCACAAUGGCUGUCCCUCCAGCAUACUCAGACCUGGGCAAGGCUGCCAAGGAUAUAUUCAGCAAGGGUUAUGGCUUUGGUGUUGUGAAGCUGGACCUUAAGACCAAAUCACAAAGUGGAGUGAUGGAGUUCAACACAUCUGGCUCCAGUAACACAGACACGGGGAAGGCCUCAGGGAGCCUGGAGACCAAAUACAAGAUGAAGGAGCUGGGCCUGAGCAUCAACCAGAAGUGGAACACAGAUAACACACUGGCCACUGAAGUCGCUGUGGAGGACCAGCUGACUCAAGGUCUGAAAGUUGGCUUGGAUACAUCUUUUGUACCAAACACAGGCAAAAAGAGCGGCAAGCUCAAGACUGGCUACAAGCGUGACUAUGUGAACGUUGGCUGCGAUGUUGACUUCGAGGGUCCCAUCAUCCAUGCUUCUGCUGUGUUGGGCUAUGAAGGCUGGCUGGCCGGCUAUCAGAUGGCCUUUGAUACAGCCAAAUCCAAACUGGCCCAGAACAACUUCGCACUCGGAUACAGGGCCGGGGACUUCCAGCUACACACCAACGUUAAUGAUGGGACUGAGUUUGGGGGCUCCAUCUACCAAAAGGUAAAUGAUGAGCUGGAGACAGCGGUCACUCUGGCCUGGACAGCCGGCAGCAACAACACUCGCUUCGGCAUCGCUGCCAAAUACAAGCUGGACAAAGAUGCCUCUCUGUCUGCCAAAGUGAACAAUGCCAGUCUGAUUGGUAUAGGCUACACCCAGAGCCUUCGAUCAGGUGUUAAGGUCACCCUCUCGGCUCUCAUUGACGGAAAGAACUUCAACGCUGGUGGACACAAAGUCGGCAUGGGCUUUGAGGUUGAAGCAUAAACACGAGAUCUACCAACAGAGAAAAGAAGCCCACUUCAGCACUUAGUUUCGGCCCCCUCCUGUCACAAUAACUUAUUUCCUGCUCUCGUCUCUGGACUCUCCCUCACACAUCCCUCCCUUGUUCAUACUUCUAAUGAGCAUUGCUGACAGUAAUAGUCAAGUCUUAAAAUUAUGCUUAAACAAUUGUGAGGUUGAUCAUGAAACUGGCGGUGCAUAGUUGUGGAGAAUUGUUUUUAUGGCUGUUGAAGUGACUAUUUAUUUCCCUGUAGGUCUUGAAUGAAGUAGUUGUUGGUGUACAUGUGUAGCUCAUUUAAAGCUUCAGUACUGAAUUAUUUCUGCAUUCCUAAAAGCAUGUCAAAUGAAGGGUUGGAUGCAGAGCUUAAAGCUUAUUUGCGUGGUUAAAAAAAAGGUGCAGAGUGUCUGUUGUCUCCUUAUUUUGUAUUCAUUUGAACACUUUUGGCUGUGUUGUUGCAAUCCAAGGACUAUUUAAUCAAUGUCAUUGUUUUCAUACAACACAUAUCAUUAAAUAUUGAAGUGCUGGUGGUUGAAGUUGAGAGCUAAAGACUGACUCCUGGAACGACAACACGAGGGAUAAUGUUCGGUCUGCUCUUGCAAAUGUCUCAAAAUGCUCUUUUAACCCUUCGUGACUUUCUCAUUUUGGUAGGUGAAAUCAACAUAAUGGAAUCUUCUGGUAGCUCUUCGUAGUUAGUUUGCAUUUCUACAGUGUUGUUUUCAUCUAUCUGUCUCAGCUCAGCGGUCACAGAGAAAGUGAAGCUGUUUUGCUUCUGUUUGAAGUAUCUCAGUGGCACCAGGCAUCUUAACUUGACUGCCAGCUGUUUCCUCAUGUUGCUCGGGGGACUGUGCUCAUUGCUGUCAGUGAUCGCUUCUUGAAAACUAUCUCCACUCUCAAGCUCUGUAUAUUAAAAUACAGCCGCUCGUCCUCCGAGUAAUUCCAGUCUAAACACUUAAUUAGGAGUGUUGUGUGCCCACAUGUCUGUUGUUGCUUUCUUUGGAAAUCCUGCUUCAGAAUGGGUUUUCUCUCCCCCCCCCCAUCAAAUUGUUAUCAUGAUUAUUCUAACACUUUUUUUUUCUUUAUCAGACACAGUACCUCAUUUUUUUUCCAGUGUAAACUAAAAGAACUCUAAUAAUAAAAAUGGGAAAACAAUGCC